AUGAUUUCAUUUGAUUUUUGGGUUCUCUUGGGGACUUUCCUUUUCAUUUCCCGCGUUGAAUCUGCGACAAAGGAUGAUGAUUUGAUCACGAAUCUUCCCGGUUUAACAUUCACUCCGACUUUUAAACAAUAUUCCGGAUAUCUCGACACAACACAGGGAAAUCAUUUGCAUUACUGGUUUGUCGAAGCUCAAACAAAUCCCACAAGCGCUCCACUUUUAUUGUGGCUAAAUGGUGGACCGGGAUGCUCGUCGAUGGAUGGUUUUCUGACUGAAAUGGGACCAUUCAGACCAACGCGUGACGGAUCAGCUUUAGUGGAGAAUGUCUACUCUUGGAAUAAGUUAGCCAACAUGUUGUAUCUGGAAUCUCCGCGUGAUAUCGGGUACUCAUAUCGAGACAAAAACGCCACAAAGGACACCCUUUACAAUGAUGAUAAGACCGCCAUCGACAAUGUCUUAGCAUUGCAAGCAUUUUUCGCUCGUUUCCCCGAAUACAAUCAACGACCAUUUUAUGUCACUGGAGAAUCCUAUGGUGGUGUCUAUGUACCAACACUGACGAAUUUAUUGGUAAAGAUGAUUCAGAAUGGAUCUAUUCCAAAUAUCAAUUUGGUUGGGAUGGCUGUGGGAAAUGGUGCGCUGAAUCGAGUGGAUCUCGUCAAUUCGGGCCUCGAUCUUGUUUAUUAUCGAGGAAUCAUCGGGAAAACUGAAUUCGACGCAAUGCAACAGUGUUGUAUGUCAAAUGAUGAGAUGAAAACCCCGCUGCAGUAUUGCAAUUUCUCACAAUGGGUUCACAUCGAUGAUUACGGGAAUGCUGUGCCAAACAAUUACAACGAUGCGAGUCAACAAUCGUGUGCGAAUCGAACCGUCAAAUACGGACAACAACUCGUCUGGGAAACUGCAAACAAUGUUUAUAACACGUGGUCUGAUUGUUAUGAUGCGCCCAUGCAACCGGCAUUGGGGGAAAAGAUCAAGAAAAUGGUGAAAAGACAUCCGUAUCUCAAGUUAUUCUCAAGCUCAUUGGACUAUCAAAUGUUUUCGAAUGGCCAGAAUCCUUUCGUCGAUCAAGGAAGCAAGGGCAGCCAAGCAUCAACAGACGCAGUUGGUGGCUUCUCGUGUUACGCAGCCGAUGCAGCGACUGCGUACAUGAAUCGAGAUGAUGUGAAGAAAGCAUUGCACAUUCCCGGAUGGGCUUCCUCCAUGGCAAUUGUGCAA